AGGAGAAAUGUUUCCUUUAUAAACCAUUAGUCUCCUUUGGCUUUGCAGAAAAGAUUUGCUGAGAUACACUGCUGUAAAAACUUUUACAAAAAGCUCUGUUUCAAAUGAUUCCUCCAUGUGAAAAUGCCCUCCACAUAAUGUACCGUGAGUCUCAGAGAGGCAUGAGAGACAAGAAUAUUGCAAAGAGGCUGCAAUACCCCUCACAACAAAAUCUCAACUCCAAAUGGGAAAAAAGUGUUCUGCAACUUCCGCAGUGUGAAACAAAAGUUAACAUAUGGAAAAUAAAGCCUCCUGAUUUUAGUUAUAAACUGUAUACAUCUUUGGGAUUUCCAGAAAUAUCAUCAAGAACCACUAAGGAAGAACAAGAGAGAAAAAAAAGCCAUUUUCCAGAAACAAUGGUUCACAUGCCCAGCAUAAGGAAUCAUUCCAAGAAGGCCAUAUCUAAGUUUAUAACUACAUUUCCACAUACGGAUUCACACAGAGCGAAGUUAAUGUUUGUAAAGGGUGGAAAAUAUCCAAGGGGUGUAUACGUCAAUCCAAAACCACAUGACUUCCGACAGUACCAACCUGAUCUACCAAACUUUGUGACAACUUAUGAAAAGGACCCUUUUGGAUUAAAAUUUAAGUCACAACUCUUAAGUACAGAACGUGGGAGCCAUUUACUGAACGAUGAUAAAGAGAAGAACACUACAGAAAGAUUUAUCACCUACAAGCCUCGUGAAUGCACCUGGGACUCAAAACUAAUUUUGACAAAAACCCCAUGGCCUGUUAGAUCUGCUUCAUACACAAGACAUAGAAGGCAGCGUGAUGCGUACAGUGCAUUUAUGGAUCGUGUGGAAGAAAAGUUUAUGAAGACAUGCCAGAUCAGGUGCUUCUGUCAGCAGAGGAAGCCUUGUUCUAGGAAAGAACUACUCCAGAGGGCCAGAGGAACAGGUCCUGCUCCUCCUAGAGAAACGCUGACUCGAGGCCGAGGCCGUAGGGUAGGGCUGGUGCGCUCGCUCAUCGCCCAAAGCCUCCUGACGGGCGCAACGGAGACCCAGCAAUGA